AUGGCUUCCACUGAUGAGGUCGUAAGGAAGGCGGUAUCCUCGGAGUUCAAGGAAUUCGUCAAGUCUCGAGGGCUGGCAGGGGAAUUGAAGAGCCUCUUGCGGACGAGGCUUGUCCAAGAGUUUCGAAGGCGGGAGAGGAGACUUGAAGGCCAUAAGACGAUAAAGCUGAGCUUAAGGACGAAGGCUCUGGUCUCACUUAUUGGAGACUAUUUGAGGUGGACCAAGAAAGACCUCAGCCUCUCGGUUCUCCUGCCCGACUACGGCCUUUCCCCGUCGGAUAUGCUCGCGGAGGAGGACAUUAUGCAAGCCCUCGGGGUACUGGACUCUCAACUCGUCCUUGAUAAAGAGAAUCCUUUGCUAUUGAAUAUUGUCAAUGGAGUUAGCAAUACUAAAAGGGCGUCCGAAUCAGCGAGGUGGAGGACAAAAGCACCAGAACCACCUCACUCGUUGGAGCUUAGGAUAUGCGCCUCUAGCCAGACCGACCCUCCGGAGGGCUUCCUUACUCUAGAAGAGAAGCUGCGUGCACUCGAGGAUGUCGCGGCGGCUGCUUCUGCAGGCAACGAUGAGGAUCGUCAUAGACGAAUAGAAGAACGGAUGCUCCGGUCCAUCGAGCUCCCCAACGCGAGACUGGAGGCUGCCGCGCAGUUGCGAGCUGAACAGCGGACGGCUCGAGAGGAGCUUGAGCGAGAGGCUAAGGAACGGGAAGCGAGGUUCAAACUUGUUGAACAAAGAACAUUGGAGAGAUUGCGGCUGAAAGAGUCCGAGCUUGAUAGGAGGGCGGUCUCGUCAAGAGAGACACUCCUCCGGGAUCUCGAGAUUGAACGAGCCGGCGUACGGGAGAAGGCCCGCGCAUGUGAUAAGGUGUCGGGUGGAUGA